AUGGCUACUCCUCUUGGCUACACAUUUGGAAGGUUAGGGAAUUUCAUGAACGGAGAACUUUAUGGUCGAGAGACAACCGUCCCUUGGGGAAUGUACUUCCUUGACCACAACAAAAUCCCUUUUGAAACCCUUCGCCACCCAAGUCAACUUUAUGAAGCCUUUGGUGAAGGUGGUUCUGGUUCUGGGAAAACAACUUUGGUGGAUAUCCUAAUUGGUUUACUGGAGCCAACAACUGGUCAAUUAGUCAUAGAUAAUAAACCCUUAAAAGGAGAAGGUAUUUGGUCGGACAGAAUUGGCUACAUUCCACAACAAAUAGCUCUUCAAGAAGGUUCGAUCAAAAAGAAUAUCGCUUUGGGAAUAAAAGUUGAAGAAAUCAAUGAACAAAGAGUCUGGCAGGUAUUGAAGCUCGCACAAUUGGAUGAAUUUGUACAAGAGUUGCCCGAUCAGUUGGAAACCAAUAUUGGAGAAUCGGGAGUGAAUUUGUCGGGAGGGCAAAGGCAACGGAUUGGGAUUGCGCGUGCCCUUUAUCCUAAUCCGGAAAUUUUGGUAUUGGAUGAGGCGACUUCGGCAUUGGAUAAUAAAACUGAAAAUGAUUUUGUUAACAGCCUUUAUAAUCUCAAAUAUCGAAUUACACAAAUCAUCAUUGCGCACCGUCUAACAACUGUCAAGGAUUGCGAUUUAAUUUAUGUGCUGGAACAUGGAAAAAUUGUUGGAGAAGGAACUUAUCAACAAUUGAGUAGAAAUAAUCCAUACUUCAAAAAGAUGCUCAAUAUUAAGCGGAAAAGACUUAAAUAA